AUGCACACACGGCAUCAAGGAACGAUGACCGAAUUUACUUCUGACUAUAUUCUUAACUGCGGAGAAGACAAUCAUCAUACAGCUAGACACUAUCGUCGUAUAUGCGGUGGUUUAACAAUAAAGGAUUGUUUCCAAUUAUUCGGUUCGUUUCUCCUCCCACUUCUUCUUACAAUAUUCACGGUGGUCAUCACCUUCGAACAACGAAAUGAAUCGAAGAUUCAACGUUUAGAAGAUCGUAUUUCGGCUCGUGAGCAACGUGAGCAAGAUUUGAAUGUUUCCAUAUUGCAACGAGAGACCGACAAAGCGAUAGCGGAAGAACGACGCAUCGCAGAUAAUCUAAAUGCUGAACGGCAACGAAAUAUGUCUCUCGAGCAACGGCAACAUGAACUCAUUAUAGAGCAACAGCGAUACGACAAACAACAGCAACAGCGCGUAGAAGAUGCGAAAUUAUUGGCCGAACAGCGUUUUCAAGAUCUACAACUAGCUGAAGAGAAGCGCAUUGCCGACAAUCUUAAUGCAAAAGAGCAGCGUGACAAUGAUCGACUGAUUGCCGAACGCAAGCAAUUGGCCGAUGAUCUCAAUGCAGAAAAGGAACGAAAUAUUUCACGUGAAAUUGAAGAAUAUCGAUAUGAACAGGCAAAAAACAAGGAUCUGGAUACGAUGCUUCUCUCACACAUCAAUGACAUGGGCACUCUUCUUGAAAACUACAAUGGUUCUCUAACAACUAAUUCAACGAUUGCCGCUCUCGCUCGAGCUAAAACACUUCAUGUCAUCCGUUCUAUUGGACCUGAGCGGUCAGCACGAUUGCUUCAAUUUUUAUUCGAUGCUGGUCAACUUACAAGCGCCCAACAGAAACCACUAGAUCUAUCCGGUGCAAUACUUAAUCACAUUGAUCUUAGCGCGUCUAAUGACAUUAUUUCAAUGAGAAAUGUAACGUUUGUCGGCGUCCAUAUGAAUGGCGCAACAUUUGCUGGGCAGGAUCUUUCGAAUUGGAAUUUUACUCGAGCUUCACUUAAUAGCGCUAAUUUUACACGAACUAAUUGCAAAGGGACAAUAUUCGACGACUCGUCGAUGGUGCUAACUGAUUUUUCACAUGCUUUAAUGGACGGUGCUUCAUUUCGACGUUCACAACUAGCUGAUUCUUCUUUUGUAAAUUCAAGUGGAGAACGGUGUAUUUUUGACUCUGCCACGCUGCGAAACUCAACAUUUUAUCAAGCUAAAAUGAGUUUCUCUAACUUUCAUAACGUCGACUUAACAAAAGCCAAUCUUGAAGAAGCUUAUUUGUCUGGGAGUACGCUAGCAUUUGCUACUCUUGUUGAUACUCAAAUGAACGGCAUCUAUGUUCUCUUUGCCAAUUUGUCAUAUGCUAACAUGUCCGGGGCUAUAUGUUUGAAAGAUAAAUGUUAUUUACAGGAUGCUCUCUCACUUUUGAAUGCAAUUCUACCGAAUGGAACAAACGGAACUCACUAUUAUAAACCUAGGUCUCUUCUUCAAAACGCUUAUGCCACGUGUAAUGCUGAAGAGCACAAAAAUGAUCAUCUUGCUGGUUGGUGGAUGCUCGGCGAUCCUAUAUCUACCAAUACCUACUAUCAUAAAGAGAAUUUAUGCGUCUUUACUCCAAAAAAAGGCGGUAAUUCUCAAGAUACAGGUAUGGCCCAAAGCGUGAAUAUCACAAUGUACAAUCGACUCAUAACAAAUGGACAUGCCGCAGUUUCACUCAAAGCGCAUCGUGGUCAGUUUACUGCAAUUGAGAUGAAUGAAAUCGAUGGAACCGGUAAAGUUUCACCCAUACUUCCCAGCAAACGACUGACGUCAGCUCCCGAGAUAACAAUUUGGGAAAAACAUUUACAAAGAACAACCGUUCAAAUUGAGGUCAAAUUAAUGUUUCAAGUUAGUCGAACAUGGCCAUAUGCAUGGUUUCAGUAUGCUGAAUUAAGCAUUCAUCUGUGGUUCCCAUAA